GUGACCCCUCUGCCCAGACCCUGUUCUCCCGCCGCCCCUCGUCCUCUCCGCUCCCGCCGAGGUUCAUUUCGCCAUGUGUGAGAGGGUGGCCGCCCGCCUUCGCUGGGCGCUGUGGAUGCCCACCUCGCGCGUCUGUCACCUCGCGCGUCUGUCACCUCGCGGUUCCCGUCCGCCGUCUGGCGCUCGGCUCAGAGGCGCGGACUGCAGCUCUGCACCCUCCCGGCUGCUCCACGGACCGCUCCCCGCCCAUUUGGGACUUGGGGACCUGCGGACAGAAGCACACCACGCGCGGAUCCCCCUCCUCGCGCCUCACCCUCGGCUGCUCGGCCUGUCUGCGGGCAGCGCGGCCACGAUCCGCAGCCUCCCGCCCGCAAGAAACCGGGAAGCCGCGAGCCCCACCCACCUUUGCCACUCACCGCGACCGCGCGUCCCAGCGGCCUCCGCGCCGGCUCCGGGUGGAAACCCGACGGCUGGGGCUCGGGGGCCGGGGAUUCCCGGGACCGGUCGGCGUCGCGCUUUCGCCGCCGCUCAGCAGUUCCGGGUCAGGGCGGCUGCCGAGGCCGGAGGCGCAGGAGCCGUAGCCGCGAAGGACCCUCUGGCCGACCCAGGCAUAAAGAAGGUGAGCCAGACAGCAGAAAAGAGAUUACAAAGGAGAAUGUCAGGCAACAAAGAAAGGAAGAAUGAAGGAGUUCCUAAAGAAGCUGUGGGUAAACAAGAUACAUCGUCCUUAACUGAGGUUGUAGAACAAGUUGCAAAACAACAACAAUCUCAAACAUCAGAAAUAGAAAGGAACAAAAAAGUUCUGUGUCACUUGCAGAAUGAACUUCAUGAGCUUGAAAAACAAAUAGCAGAUGUCUCUGCAGAAACUAAAGAAACAGAGAGGCAAAUUUAUCAGGAGGAUGCUGCCAUAAAGGAUUCCAAACUUCAAUGUGAAAGCCUGGAAUCUCAAAUCAAGUCCUUAUAUACAGAAAAUGUGAAGCUUAAGUUUGAUAUAGAAGCAGCCCAACAAGAUUUUGAGGAACAUAUGAUAAAAUACAAGACUUAUUAUGCAAAAAUGAAAGCACAUAAAGAUAGUUUGGGACAGAUAGAAAGCAAAUGGUCAUUUAUGAUUGAACUCUGUGAAAAACGAGAUCUAGUUAAAAAACUAAAGACAAUGAAAGAGGAACUGAUGCAAGAUCUCCAAAAUCCAGGAGGGAACCAAAUAACACAAGUACAGGAAGAUAUUUCAAAGCUAAAGAAUAAAAUUAUAACUGUAAAAGAGUCUAUCAUUGAAAAAACUUGUUUUCUUGAGGAAGAAAAGAAGAGACAUGAAAAAUUAAGAAAAGAUAUAGAGGUACAACAUAAGAGAUAUGAUGCAAUUCUUAAGCGUUUGCAUUGUCAGGUGAACAAGCUUCAGUCAAAUAGAAGACAAUGGCAAUGGAACAUUCAACAACUGGAAAACACUGCAGCUGAACUGAGAAAAUGUGUUGGAAUGAAAGAGUAACAUUGCCAUCUGGCAACGUGGAACACAGACCAUGACAACAAAAAUUUUGGGACAGAAUUUUAAGAAAACCCUUUGGUUGCUUAACAACCAGCGUCCACUGGCAGAGGCCUGUCUUAAUGACAGAUGUAUUUUCCCUUUUUUGAAUCAGUUAUAUGUUGUUAAAUUAUCUUCCAACCAUACAAUGGAUAGCACUAGAUAGAUAAAAGUAAUGCUUACAGGAAAAUAGUGGAAGAAACUGUGUGAAUAUUUCAAGCAUGCAUAAUAUAUUAUGCUUACAUUUUAACAAUGUUGUAUUCACUACCCUACAAAGUAAACAUUUAGAAGAAGAGAAACAAUCGAAUUUUCAAUAAUUUAAAUUGUUGAGAUAGUAAAAAUGGUUGUUUUCAAACUUUUUAUUAGAUCAUGCUUUUUACUGCUGCCUUCAUAGUAGCUCAUAAAUAUUAAUAUUCACAAUAAUGUUGUUAUAUGUUUAAUGCUUCAGAUAUUUCACUCAGAUUUCUCUUUUAUCCAGAAGGUAGCAAUCAUUUUUCUUUCUUAUUAAAUAACAUAUUUUAGGGUUUUGCAAUGCAUAAUAUUUUUUGUUCAUUUUUCUGUCUAUAAAUUCUUUAUUACUACUGUGACUAAAGUUACAACAUCAUGUAAGGCAAACAUACAAGCGAGCUCUUGAAAGAAAUGUUAAUAAGUAUAGACAAACAUUUUUUUUUCUCCUAGAAAAGUAAAUAUUAUGUCCAUGGCAAUUGAUCAGAUGUUAACUUGUUCUUUUGAAAUAAAGAUGCUCCCUUUCAUGACUCCAUUGAG